AUGGGCCCGAAGUUAGUGAUAGCAGAAGUGCAUCUUUUGGGGGGGACAGUGGUUGAAAAGGAGACAGGAGACAGGGUACAGGGGGGCCCCCCAGACUGCGAGGGGGCCCCCGGGGGGCCCCCCUGCCUCGUGUUUACCCCUUUUGCUGCUGAAGUGACCCUGGAAAGACCCACUUUUGGGUACUUGUUGGGUCUCUCCAAACAGCCGGGGGGCCCCCUGGCUGUUGCUGUGAGGCCCCGCCGCCAAAAGGGGACAGGGGGGCCCCCCGAGGAGGCCCUGGGGACCCAGCUGCUGCUGCGCGUCGGGGGACAGCAGCAGCAGCAGCAGCAGCAGCAGCAGCAGCAGCAGCAGCAGCAGCAGCUGGAGGAGUUGGUGGUCUUCAGGCCGGAAGACUGGCAGCAGCGCGUGGCAGUUGAGCUGGAGUUCCCCAUGGCAGCAGCAGCUGCUGCUGCUGCUGCUGUUGCUGAGGGACAGUCCCCAGUUGUCCUUGAAGUGCAGCACGAAGUGUCUCCUUUCGAGCCCACUGCGGCGGACCUUGCUGCUCCUCCUGCAGCAGCAGCAGCAGCAGCAGCAGCAGCAGCAGCAGCAGCAGCAGCAGAGCUGUCCCCCGCGGGCGUGGGGAUCCCCCCUACGGUGUCUGUACACUGCAGAGUGCAGACCUACGUCGACGACUUCACCGACGAGUCCCUUUGGGGGCCCCCCCCGCGGCGCAGGGGGGCCCCCACCAUCUCCGGCCGCCCCGUCUCCGUCCGCUGCCGCCUGCAGCGCGCAGCAGCAGCAAAGGGCCCCAUUCGAGUUCGGGUUUUUGCUGGGGGGGCCCUCCGUUUGCUGCGGCCUUUGCCGGGCACUGACAUCGAACUGCCCCCUCCGGGGGCCCCCGAGGGGCCCCCCGAGGGGCCCCCCGAGGGGGGGCCCCCCCAGGCCCCCGCUGGGGGCCCCCCGGGGGGCCCCCAGGGGGGGGAGGGGCCCCCCGGGGGCCCCGCGGGGGGCCCCCCGGGGGGCCCCCCGGGGCGGGGGGGCCCCCCGGGGGCCCCCGAGGGCCCCUGGGAAGAGGCGGAAGUGGAGGCCCUGGUGGUGGCGGAAGGCGGGGGCUGCACGGCGAAGUCGUGCACUCUGAGCUUCGACUUGGGGCCCCGGGACUGGAGACGGGGGGGGGACUUGCAGCUGCUGCCGCUGGGGGGUACUGUGUCAGUGCUUCCUGCGGGGCCCCUGUGGGCGUUGGCGGGGGUGGACGGGGCCCCCCAGCUGGUCAAAACUUGGGCCCUCAUGCCAAAAAACGAGGCCCUCUUCGAACUUGUUGUGCCUGGGGGGCCCCUCGCGCAGCAGCAGCUGCUGCAGUCCUGCGUGUCUGCUGCUUGCCGGCGGGGCGACGGGUACCCUGUGAAGGCCACGGCGCGCUGCUUCGGGGGCCCCCUGGGGGGCCCCCACCCCCCGGGGGGCCCCCCGGGGGGCCCCCCGAGCGUGCGGCUGCUGCUGCAGCCCGCCGUCUCCGCGGACUGCAGGCUGGAGACAGCAGCAGCAGCAGCAGCAGCAGCAGCAGCAGCAAUUGGGCAGCUGCAGGUGGUGGCUGUCUCCAACUCCAGCUGCUCAAGUGUCUCCUUUUUCGACAGAGACUCCGCCACUUGCAAAGACUGUCCCCGAGGCUUUCUCUGCGCCGCCGGCAAACUCCUCCGCUGCCAGGGGCCCCCCGCCUCGCCCUGUACCCUCUGCCCCCCCGGACACCAGUGA